AUGUUCAAGACACCCGUUGAAAAUACCGGGUUGCUGAACUUAAUAAAUGCAACCCCUCGGUUAACGAUAUUUUCCUAUACGAUGCAUUACCUGUUAUUGGUGUUACUACUUCAACGAUUAACUGUCCCAAUUUAUUCCAGACAUGACGGCAGCAAAACAGAAGGACACAGUUUGCCUAAGAGAGUCCAUGUCGCUAAGAAGGAGGAACUCCUUGGUGAGGAUACCAACAGAAUUGAUCGAGCAGAGUACAGCUUACAGAACUUGGUCAGUCCAGAGAGAUAUGAAGCCAAUAAAUUCUUCAACAAGCCUCCUUCCAAAGAGAUAGGUGGCCUCAGAGUGGACACCAUGUCACCAGCCCAGGUUUCGUUUAUCCAAAGCAGUACCCAGUGGCACAAGUAUUAUAAGCCGAUGUCUUCCUCGUCUUAUCCAUCCACCAUUUAUCCCGAGGAUCCUGUCCUGUUCCCGGGAGUAAAGGCUUAUAAGGGGCAAAAAACCAGCGAAAGAGAUGGCUAUAAUGAGGGAAUUUCUGAUUUAGUGAACGAAGGUGCGACAAGGCAGCACCAUAUGACCAACGAAUGGGGCACGAAUUCGUAUGGAUCUUAUGGUGACAUGGCCGGAGGAGAUCAACGUCAAAAUGAUUACGAGAAUACUCCAUUUACCGACAAAAGCUGGUGGAAUCCAAAAACAGAGGCAAAGAACGCCAAUGGUUACGAAAGUUUAGAUGGCAAAGCUGUUGCUGUUCCUGAACCUAGAAAUACCCAAGAUGAUCUUCUUAACUCAGAGAGUCGUUUUAUUGGCAGAUCACACGAAUUACUUGACGGAGGUGCCAUGGGAAGCAUAAGACACCACUCUAACUUUCUGGGUGGCCAAAAACUCGGUCUCUUAAAUAAACUAGAAUCUUUAAAGGAAAAUGGUGUUAUACCUCAGGAGGAGGAGGAAAAGGUUUUCUUUAAUGGCAAUCAGAAGUUUCUCACCCAGAGUGGUGUUGCGAGUCCACCCUUAGACACGCCUGCAGGACCCUCAGAAGGCCUUGGUACGGCGCUUGCCGAGGAGCUGCUUCAGAAAAAUAAAGGGAAAUUUAAGGACGAAGGGGAAUCAACCAACAUUAUAGAAGGAAUAGGUGAAGCUGCUUCAGUGCUUAGGACAGGACAGAGAGAUUUUGAUGACGCAAGUUUGCUUUCUAAGCCGCUGCUAGAUGAGAAGGCCACCCAGCGGACUACCAUGUACCACAACAAUGAUUUUGACAGCGACACAGGGCACUUGGUAUUAAUCCGAAGUCAUCAAGUGAAAGAAAAUGAUGCGAGAAGAAAAUACGCGGGGAAAUUCGACAAAGUAGUCAAGCAAAAGCAACUCGUUACUAGCAGAUCUAAUAGAGUAAAAACAGAUGUUGCAGGGCAAAGACUAAGUCAUAAAUUGAACUCACAGCAAGCAAAGACCGCAGCUAGCAUGAAAUCUCUUAAAUCACGCAAAGAAAAACCAUGUAAGCGUUGUAAUAGGGCCUUGCUGAUGAAAAAUCUUUCUUGAACAGGAAAUAUUCACCGGCCGCACAAAGGCGGACAAAGUAUUCGCAUUAGCGGUACUGUAGAAUUGGAGACUGCAAAAGAACCAGUCAUUCUCGUUUCUUUUGUGUAUGGUCAAAUGUUAUUAAUCAUCAAAUGCUCGAGUAUAGACUGUAAAACAAAGCGCUAACCUGUGUAACAGAGGCAAAAUGAUACGGAAAAGAAAUUCUUAACUUCGUAAUUAAUGCUCAAGCGUCUUAUAACGAUAUUGUUGUUUAAAGCUUUGUCACAGUCAGUAGAAACACAAAUAGUUUAGGAUUCUUUGCGGAUCUUUGUCAAUGAAGGGCGCGUUUAACAGGCGUGAUGUACAAAAAUUGUUAUUUUCUAAUCUUGGACAUCGGUUUGGAAAGCGUUCGGUGACUAAAUUUUUGUAGCAAAAUCGAUAUUGUGUGCAUGUAGACAUCUAGCGAUACCAUUAGGAGUAAUAUUCUUUCCAAUAAAAAUGAUUUUUUUUCUAAAAA